UAUAGGUUCAAUAUCUUGUAGGAAUUUGUCCAAAUAAAUAAUUUUUUUUUUCCAAAUUCCAAUAUGUCAAAUCCAAUAGCAUCGUACAAAGACCCGUUCGAAACCUUAUAAAAUAUCCGCUGGACUUUUCAACCAUUAGAAGAAAAAUGCAAUAAUACUAUUUGUACAAUUUUAUCGACCACAACUGUCAACAACUGUAGUACAAAUGUAUAUAAAUAUGAUAAAUCUUGAAAGGUUCUCGCAUUGUCGUAGGAGAUGGAGACAUUAGAAAAUAUGCUUUUUGAAGCAGCAUCUCAAGGAAAUGUUGAUACUUUGAAGAAACUGGUUCAAGAGGAUCCAAUAAUUCUUGAUAGAGUUAUAGUUAAUAGUUUCUCCGAUACUCCUGUGCACAUAGCAGCAAUAUUAGGACAUAGCGACUUUGUGAUGGAAAUCUUAAGACGAAGACCUGAAUUUGCACGAGAAUUGAAUUUAUGUCAGUCAUCGCCUCUUCAUUUGGCAUCAGCUAAAGGUUAUAUCGAGUUAGUUAGAGUUUUGUUAUCGGCCAAUCCCUUGAUGUGCCUAGUUCGUGAUAGAAAUGGGCUGACUCCUCUCCAUCUGGCGGCAAUCAAAGGCCGGAUUGAAGUCGUGAAAGAGUUGGUUCAAGCAAAACAUGAUGCAGCUCGAGUGAUCAUGGGUCAAGGGCAAACUAUUUUGCAUUUGUGUGUGAAGUACUAUCAGAUUGAGGCCUUAAAGCUUUUAGUGAAUACCAUUAGAGAUCAAGAUUUCACAAAUUGCAAAGAUAGCGACGGAAACACUAUCUUACACUUGGCAGUGGCUGAUAAGCAAGAUGAGACUGUUAACUUUUUGCUUAUGGAGUCUGCAACGGAAGUUAAUGCUCAAAAUCUUCGUGGGAUGACAGCAAUGGAUGUUCUGAUUCAUAGUCGAAGAGAUGUGAGGGAUGAUGAAAUUGAAGAAACUUUGAAACGUGCUGGAGCAUUUGGAUCAAUGGAAAAAAAAUCAUUAGUCCAAAUUAAUCGUAAUAUAGGUAGUCCAGGCUUGAAUUUGUCCUUUGACCACUUUGAUUUUUCCUCAAAUGUGAAGGGGAACCGUAGGAAAAAGAUGUUUAAACAGAAAGACGAUUGGUUGGAGAAAAAACGAAGUGCAUUAAUGGUGGUGGCUUCUUUAAUUGCAACCAUGGCAUUUCAAGUCGGAGUUAACCCUCCAAGCAUACUAGUGCAAGAUAAUAAAACUGUUAACUCACAAAGUACUCUUGCAUUAAUACCUCAAUCUUACGAGGUAUUAGAAUCUAUUUUCAUCCUUAAUCAUCUGAAAUUAUAUGGACCAUUCUUGAUUGCUAAUACAACAGGACUCAUCGCGUCACUCAGUAUCAUAUUAUUGUUGAUGAGUGAUUUACCAUUAAAGAGGAGAUUAGUUAUGGGAAUUUUGAUGGUGAUCACAUGGAUUGCAAUUACAGCAGUUGCAUUGACUUAUCUCAUAUCAAUAAUUGUAGUAACACCAGAGGAAGAAAGAGAAAAAAAAUCAUAUGUUCUUGUAGUUGGGUUUGCAGUUGUUACAUGGGUUGGCCUCAUUGUUCUCCUACUCAUUGGACACACGAUUCGGUUGAUAAUCAAGAUGAUUAGGUUGAUAAUCAAGAUGGUACGAAAGUUAAUAAAAUGUUCGAGCCCAAAAGAAAGGAUUCGAGGCUCGGGAAUUCCAAGUCAUGGAGCUGUUUAAGGAGUUGUUAUGCUAUGUCUAGUAAGUUGGAGAAAACAAUAUUGAACAGUAAUAAGAUUGAAACUGUUUACUCUAGUGUCUAGUCAUCUUCAGUACUAUAAAUAAAACACACCUUAAUCAUUUGCAUUAUAAAUAUUUAAUGUAUGACUAUGUUGUAAUUUCAUUCCAGUUAUUGCAUAUCACAUAAGGUCUAUGUGAUAUACAAAUAUAAUCUUAUUUUAAUCCAUCAGUAGAAUAUAAUUUCUCUCCAUAGACCAUAUUUUCUUUAUUCUAACAUG